AUGCCCAAAGUACCAACCUCUCCCUCGCCUAAAAACUCGCCCGUCUACACACAACCCCCGCCCCAACACCACCAGGCCACAGCACCCCCCAAUUCGGCUUCCCCACCCCAACAUGCUGCGGCAACACCCAACAAAACAACACCUUCCAAGCCACCUGGUCCGACUUCUACGCCCACAACCGCCUCCUCCACAUCCUCACCUCAAUCGAGAAAAACCACGGUCCAGACCCGGACCUACGAACCCUCGUCCAAAAAACCGCUACGACGGUAGUUCCCCGUCUCCUACGCAACGGCCAUCUCAAAUCCGCGAAAGACGGAGGCGAUAUCUUCCCCGUGGUUGUGCAUGGGGAUCUCUGGUCUGGGAAUAGGGGGAGGGGAUGUAUUAAUGGGGGAGCUUUUGAGGAGGUGGUUUUUGAUCCGAGUUGUUGUUGGGGACAUUCGGAGUUUGAAUUUGGGAUUAUGAGGAUGUUUGGCGGGUUUGGGGGGGUGUUUGAGAGGGAGUAUUUUGAGGAGAGGGAGAGGUUGGGGAUGGGGGGGAGGGAUGAACCGGUGGGGGAGUGGGGGGAUAGGGUGUGGUUGUAUGAGUUGUACGUCUACCCCCUUUUUCUUAUUUUUCUUCUUUUCUUCUUCUUUGUUUGA